AUGGAUUCGUCGAUCAGCAGUCCUCUCUAUAAAAAGCCGUUCAAACUGCUGGAAACUUGCCGACUCAUCUGCUACUCGGAUAUUCCCUUGGUCUCAAUUAAUUUCAUGGCUAUUGUGAUCCUGUGUCGUGAAAAAUGCGGACUCUCCAAAUGCAUCACCCGUUACCUGGUGGCGAUGUCAACAGCUGAUCUAAUGGGUGUUUUAAUUGGCGUUAUAUUCGAGAGGAUCAAUAAUAUUUAUGUUUUUGCAAGAGUUUUGCUCAUCACUCCGAUUUGCGCAGCAUCGCUUGUGUUUAGGCUCGCAGCCAUGGACUGUUCUGUCUGGUUAACGGUGGCUUUCACAUUUGAUCGAUGUAUUGCAAUUUGUAGCCAAAAGCUGCGGAAAGGAUAUUGCACAGAGAGGACUGCGACCAUAGUGGUAGCGAUUGUGGGCAUAGGGAGUUGUUUAAGGUGUGUUCCAUUUUACUUUUCACUGGAGUCUUUCGCGAUUAUUGAAAACGUUCCUUGGCGCUGUGUUACCAGGGCAGAUUACUAUACUUCACCAGUGUGGAAAGUUUACCAGCUCUUUUAUGCUAUCAUUACUCCUUUAUUGCCAAUCGGUUUAAUUCUAUUGUUCAAUGCUUUAACAGUCAGUCACAUUUUAGCGGCAAACAGAGUCCGCCGGGGACUCCGGAGCAGCAGUGACAAUAAAAAGGAUUCAGAGGUGAAGAACCGGAGAAAGUCAAUGAUUUUGCUGUUCGCUCUAUCAGCAAACUUCAUUUUAUUGUGGAUCCCCUUUAUAGUCUCUGCUAUGAUCUGGCAAGCACAAAAUUACUUUUAUACAGACAGAUAUCUUAAUUCGCCGUCGUUUAUCGUGCAAGAGUUUGGGUUCAUGAUGCAAUUUCUCUGCACCUGCACCAACACGUGUAUCUACACACUGUCCCAGAGGAAAUUCAGGGAAGAGAUGAAGAAAGGAGUGAAAUAUCUGGUCACAUUAAAUGGCCGACUUUGUAGAUAA